CUUGGAUCCAGGCCCAAUGGCUCUCUACACACAAGUCAAGGUGGAGGAGGAUGAGAAGGUGGCCAUCCUGGGUAACGAGAAGGAGGAAUUUGUGUAGCCUUCUGUGAUGUCAUGGAAAGUGAUCAAGAGUGAAGUGGUGAAAUACAUGAAAAUCAAAGUGCAGCAUGAAAACCAAUGAAAGAAAAGGAAGAAGAAUGCUUCUCAGUUAGAGAAAGUCUGUGAACUUGAACCUCCCCCAGGAGAACUAGAAAGUGUAAAGAAAGGAAAACUAAUUUGUCUGAGGGAGGAAAAUCCAGUAUAAAUUUCACUGAAAAAUGAGUUCCAUAAUCCGCACAGCAGAGAAACCAUAUGAAUGCAUAGAAGUUGGAAAGAGUGUAAAUCAACAUUCACCUCAAAAAUCCCAAACAGGGGGGAAAUCAUAUCAGUGCUUAGAAUGCGGUAAGAACUUCAGUCAGAGUGGAAGUUUGCACUCUCAUCAAAGGACACAUACAGGGGAGAAACCCUAUCAAUGCUCAGAAUGUGGUAAGAGUUUCAGUCAGAGUGGAAAUUUGCACUCACAUCAAAGAACACACACAGGGGAGAAACCAUAUAAAUGCAUAGUAUGUGCAAAGAGCUUCCGUGAUAGCGGAGCAUGUUCUAAACAUCAAAGGACCCAUACAGGGGAGAAGCCAUAUAAAUGCAUGGAAUGUGGAAAGACCUUCUAUGAGAGUUCACAGCUACGUAGUCAUCAAAGGUCCCAUACAGGGGAGAGACCAUAUAAAUGUGUUGAAUGUGGACUGAGCUUCAGUCACAGCGGAAAUUUGCGGUCGCAUCAAAAAAUCCACAUAGGGGAGAAAUCAUACAAAUGUAUGGAAUGUGGAAAGAGUUUCAUGCGUAAUGACUAUUUACUGUCACAUCAAAGAAUUCACACAGGGCAGAAACCAUACAAGUGCACGAAAUGUGGAAGAAGCUUUACUCAGAGUGCAAGCCUGAAUUCCCAUAAAAAAACCCACACAAAAGAGAUGCCGUAUGAAUGUACUGAAUGUGGAAAGACCUUCAAGUUCAGGGGAAACCUGCGUUCCCACCAAAAAAUUCACACAGGGGAGAAGCCAUAUAAAUGUAUGGAAUGUGGAAAGAGCUUCUGUCGUAAUGACUAUUUAAGUUUACAUCAAAGAACCCACUCGGGGAAAAAACCCUAUAAAUGCAUGGAGUGUGGAAAGAGUUUCACACAGAAUGCACAUUUAAAGAUACAUGAAAAAAGCCACACAGGAGAGAAACCCUAUAAAUGCUUAGAGUGUGGAAAGAACUUCACCUAUAGUCAACAGUUACAGGUGCACAACAGAAUGCACAUGGGGGAGAAACCGUAUAAAUGCAUUGAAUGUGGAAAAAGUUUCAUACAGAAUGCACAUUUAAAGAUACAUCAAAGAAGACACACAGGAGAGAAACCCUACAAAUGCAUAGAGUGUGGAAAGAACUACUCCUGUUGUUCAGAGUUACAGGCGCAUAACAGAACCCACACAGGGGAGAAACCCUAUAAAUGCAUGGAAUGUGGAAAGAAUUUCACACAGAAUGCACAUUUAAGGGUACAUCAAAGAAGCCACACAGGAGAGAAACCCUAUAAAUGCAAUGAGUGGUACCAGAUGACCAGAUAUAAGGUCCCUGUAUCUGAAAGCAGUAAGAGAAAUGGAGAGAUUUGUGGCAGAGGCCCAUCCGGAUCAAUUUUGUUAUGCAAGUGCCUGGUCCUCAGUAAAAGUGGCACAGCCUUCAUGGAUGUCAGCCAGAGAAAUGUAUGA